AUGAAGCCUCCAAGCUUGUACACUGAUAGUUUGGAAGAAGAGGAGUUUAAAAAGGUGAAAGGAAACUCUUUGGAAGAGGCACUGAUUAUUGACAGUGAUGAUGAGCUAUUGAAUGCCAAAAGUACUUAUUCCGAUAAACGCUCUCAUCGAUUAUCUACGAGCAGUAUGAGUAGUCUCAGUAUGGAAACGAUAGACGAAGAAAUGGCAUCAAGCAUCUCGGUCAAUAGCCAGUUGUCAUCCAUGAUGGAGACGAGGCAAUCGUUGGACUCUGUCGACUUGGAGGAAAACUCUCAAUCUUUAUAUUCCGAUCGAAGUGGAGUUGAAUCUCAACAAUCCAAUUCACAACAAUUUUCACAACAACAAGAACAACUUGAAGAGGAUCGAGUAAGAAGCUAUUAUUUGUACCAUUUCUUGGAGAUUUUAGAAACAGUCACGAAAAGAGAUGGACAUUUAUUUAUUGAGGAAGAGCAGAAAAUUAUUGAGGCCUUUAAAAAUCAAUGCAAAGCGUCACAACGAUUAUUUAUUCGUUUGUUUAAUAGAAAACAAAAAUAUUUCACAAUCACUGAGCUAGAAAAAUACCGUAGAGAAAUUGAAAAAGAAAAGGAAGAUAUCAUGUCCUCGUGGGUGAAUAGUGACGAAGCCAAUAUGCAAAUUGUGUGCUGCGAGAACAUCAAAGAUGCUCUCGAACAUCUCGUAAAAUCUGAACUUUUUGAGUGCCUUCAUGUAAACAAGGAAAACAACAAUGAAAGCAGCUCUUCCAGUAAGAACUUUUCUAAUAACUGGACCAUGGAUGAAAUUCAAGAAUUAUUGAGAGAGUUCACUAACAAGCAACUCAAAUCCAUACUGGACAAGAAAAAUAUAAGCAAUGUAGUGAAGAAGCAACUCUCAAAGAGAUCAUCCAAAGAGUCUCCAAAAUCUGAUCUAAUCAAACAAAUUAUCACACGACCUGAAUCUCUUGUUGAUUUGAAAGAUUCUGGAGGCAGUGGAAAACAAUCAAAACUGAGUGGAUUUUUCAAAAAACAGACAGUUACAGCGAACGACAAGUGUAAAGACGAAGACAAGGAGAAGAAUAUGACAUCAUCUUCAAACUCCUCACCCAAUAGCUCCACACUUUUACGUACACAAGAUGUACUAAAAUUAAUCCACAAAGCCUCAAGUACUAAUAAGGAUAUUGCUCCCGUGUAUUAUAGGAUCCACAAGAAUGUUUCUAAAAUUUUCAAACGAAUUCACCAUCUCUAUUUUAUAUCACAAAACUCUGAUAAUGCCUCCAUCAUGAUAUUGGAACAAAAGAAAAUUACUAUUUUUCCAAAAUAUGAAGUCCAAGAACAAAAGAGCCUAUUCGAAACAAGAGAAGACCUCUUACGAUAUGAAGAAGCGUUUGAAAUUGCAAACACAUGGGCUGACUCUCUCGACUCUCCAUCCACAGAAAGCACUAAAAGCUCGUACGCAAACCCAUCGAGUGGUGACGUUCAAAAUACUCAAGAUCUUCUAAUUAUCGAAAUUGAAACUCGUUUAGAGUCCAUUCAGAAAGCCAAUGAGGAUGGUCUAUUGGAAAAACUUGUCGAAUUUUCCAAAGAUAUUUGUCAAAGACUCGAAGAAGACACAGAAUUAAUUCGAAAGAAGUAUUCAAAUGAUUCUUCAUCGAACACACUACAUAUGGAUUAUUACCUCAUGAGAUUUAGAUGUGGCUAUGUCUACGCUCGAAUAUUGCAUUACUGUACGAAACUAUUAGAAAAACACAAGCAAUACGAACUUGCAAUUUCACACUUGAAUGCCAUUCUGAAAUCUCCGUUUAUGGUAGGUAAGCGUGGAGAGUUCUACAAUCGUAUUGCUCUCGAUUAUGAACAUCAAAAAACUGUGGACUGUUAUGAAAAGGCAUAUGAAACAUGCAAAAUUGCAUUAUCUGAUAAUAACAGCUGUGAAUUUUUUGGAUCCAUUCGAUUACCUCCCAAUAAGAGAUGUACACUUGAAAAACGAUAUUUGAGAAUUUGUAAGAAACUUCAAAAAUCAGAUCCCAAGAAAUAUUCAACUCUUGACGAUUCCAGUCUCAUCUCAACUUUUAUUUCAACCAAUGUGAAACCUCCCAAGUUAAUAUACAUUCAAGGAAAAGUCAAGAAAUUAGAAAGUAGAAAAAAGGGAGAAAAGAGGAAUCACUUUAUAUCCCAUUUGGAUCAAGAAACAGUGGUGAGUGUGGAACAAUUUGCUCUGGAACAUUACCAAAUGAAACAUGCCAUGGAAGGUAUUCAUAGUGAAGGUUCUAUUUGGGCCAUGUUAUUCAUGUUAGUGAUGUGGGAUAUUAUUUUCGAUUCAUCCAUACCCUAUGUGUUUCAAAACAAGUAUCAAUCUUGUCCUCUUGAUUUCAUGACUGAUGCAUUCUAUUUGAGAAGAAGAGACAAGUUCAAGAAACGACUUGAAGAAAUUGAACAACUUGGUUCUACGUAUUUGAUUGAAAAAGUGACAAAUUGUUGGAAUGAAAAUUAUGGAACGAAUGCAAUUAGUUGUAAUUGGAAGGAUAUGGAUCCAACGCUAUCAGAUGAAGAUGCAACGAUCAUGACUCAUGAAAAUGAUGACGAAAUUGUCGAGGUAUUGGAUGAGAAUGUGGAUCAUGUUGUUGAAAACAAGCAAGAGACAGCUGUCACUUCACAAAAAGAAGCACAAGCUUCUGAAUCAAUAGACAUUGCUGAAAAACCUUCGCAAAAAUUAACAUGCCUCAUUAGUAUUUGUGAAUGCUUUCCAAUUAAGGUGAUAUGUACCAUACUUCAAUCUCUUGCUGAGGACAUGAAAGAGAACAGAAGUGGUUUUCCAGACCUCGUUUGUUGGAAAAAGAGUGAUGUCAACACAACAAAUGCCUCUCAUGAACAUUUACUGAGCGAAAUUAAGGGUCCUAACGACAAGCUUAGCGAGAAACAAAUUAUUUGGAUCGAUUUGCUUGCCAAAGCUGGAGCCAAUGUUGAAGUGUGUCACGUUCGAGUGAGAGAUGGCAGUUGUGGAGGUACUGACAACUCCCAGGAAGCAGACCAAGAAGAACCCACGAAAAAGAAGAGAAAGAGCUCCUCUUCUUCUCAGAUUACCUUUGCAGAUGACGAUUUAUGGAAGCAAUUGGAGGAUGAUGUUUUUGAAGAAGAAAAUUGA